CCGCGGGGCGGAGCGAUGCGGCCGGGAUGGGAGCGGGGCGGGUCGGUGUCGGGGCGUGCCGGGAUGGGAGCGGGGCGGGGGCGGCCCGAGAGCGGCGGGUACCGGGCGGUUACCACGGCGAUGGGCAGGAAGCGCUCACCACGUGCUGACGUCUCCGGGCAUCCGGUACGGUACGGCACGGCGCGGUACGGUACAGCACGGAUCAUGAGACCCGACGACGCCAACAUCGCGGGCAACGUGCACGGCGGCACCGUGCUGAAAAUGAUCGAGGAGGCGGGAGCCAUCAUCAGCACCCGGCACUGCAACUCCGGGCAGGGGGAGCCCUGUGUGGCUGCGUUGGCACGCGUGGAGCGGACGGACUUCCUGUCACCCAUGUGCAUCGGGGAGGUGGCCAACGUCAGCGCCGAGAUCACCUACACCUCCAAGCACUCCGUGGAAGUGCAGGUCAACGUCAUGUCUGAGAAUAUCUUGACAGGGGCAAAGAAGGUGACGAACAAAGCGACGCUGUGGUACGUGCCGCUGUCCCUGAAGAAUGUGAACAAGGUGGUGGAGGUGCCCCCCAUCCAGUACAUGCACAAGGAGCAGGAGGAUGAGGGCAGGAAACGCUACGAGGAGCAGAAGCUGGACAGGCUGGAGACCAAGCAGAGGAAUGGCGACGUGAUCCUCCCAGUGAUCAACCCAGAUAGGCAGAUGAAAGAGCCGCACACGGUGGGUUACAGCCAGUCCAGCCUGAUCCACCUGGUGGGCCCGUCGGACUGCACGCUGCUGGGCUUUGUGCAUGGAGGGGUCACCAUGAAGCUGAUGGAUGAGGUCGCUGGGAUCGUGGCCGCCCGUCACUGCAAAACCAACAUCGUCACCGCCUCCGUGGACGCCAUCAACUUCCAUGAGAAGAUCAAGAAAGGCAGCGUCAUCACCAUCUCGGGGCGCAUGACCUUCACGAGCAAUAAGUCCAUGGAGAUCGAAGUGUUUGUGGACGCCGACCCGUUUGUGGAUGAGCCGCAGGAGCGGUACCGAGCCGUCAGCGCCUUCUUCACCUACGUGUCGCUCAGCAAGGAGGGGAAGCCGCUGCCGGUGCCCCAGCUGCUGACGGAGAGCGAGGAGGAGAAGAGGCGCUUCGAGGAGGGGAAGGGCCGGUACCUGCAGACGAAAGCCAAGCGGCAGGCGCAGAUGAUGCAGCAGGCGCAGAUGAUGCAGCAGGCUGCCCAGCACUGACGGCCCCGCGCCGCUCAGCCCGACCUCCCCGUCCCCAUUCGUGUUGUGUUGCGUGUGCGGGGCCUCGUGUUGCGGCCGUGCCGCCGGAGCGGGGCUCGUGUGCGGGUCUGGUGCCGCCUCCCAGCCCGUGGUUCGGGUGGCUCAUCCCGCAUCCCUCGGUGGUUCUGAGCCCCGGUUGCUGCUUUAAUCCGCCUGUGCCGGAGCGAUGCGGGCGCACGUGGCAGCAGGAGGGACGCACGAGGCCUCGAGUCUUUGUGAUGCUGUAUGUCCUACAAACGUACACCAAAGCUUAUUUAUGAUACUCGCAGCUCUAAACGCGACCAAGUAUUGUAUUGAAUGUCUCAGCCCGUUCCAUUGAAAUCUCUAGGUAGUUUCUCUGUGCGCAUUCCAGUUAUUUAAGGAAUACUGUGACAUAAAUAAAGUCUGUCAUCUUUGACUGAAA